AUGGCACCCGCUGUCCGUCGCCCAGUGCGGAUCGCAGGAGCAUCUGGAGGCUUCUCGGACCGCGUCCAUGCGAUAUCCAGGAUAGCGUCCAACGAGGAGGUCGAUGUCAUCGUAGGAGACUGGCUCAGCGAGAUGACAAUGACGAUACACGGGUCAGGCAAACAGAAAGCUCGCCAGGACCCUACAGCCGCGCAAAACGCCAUGUUCGCCGAAAACUUCAUGGACUGCUUUGAGCCCGCAAUCGGAGACCUCCAGAGCAAAGGCAUCAAGCUUGCCGUCAACGCCGGCGCUUCCGACACCGAGAAGCUCGCGCAGAUUGUUAGAGACGCUUGUCAUUCUCGCGGCUGGAACGAUGUCAAGGUGGCGUGGAUUGAGGGUGAUGAGCAGACUGAUAAUGUGAAGAGGCUGAUCAAGCAAGGCGAGACUUUUGAAUCUCUCAUGCAUGGCCGGAAGAUCCAGGACUGGGAGCACGAGAUCAUUUGUGCGCAAUGCUAUCUCGGUGGAUUGGGUAUUGCGGAGGCGCUGAAGCAGGGAGCCGAUAUUGUGAUUGCUGGUCGAGUGGCGGAUGCCGCUCCAACUAUCGGUGCGGCUGCCUAUGUUACUGGCGGGUACUGUGCCGCCUUCAAAGACUUGAUGAAGAAGAACAAGCACGUCAACCUAGGCUUUCCGAUCGCCGCUGUGAACAAUAAGGGCGAAUGCACGCUCACCAAAGAGGCCAACACGGGCGGCAUGGUGACUGUUGAUUCGGUUUCCAGCCAGCUGCUGUACGAGAUUCAGGGACCGCUGUACUAUGGUUCAGAUGUUGUCGCCCAGCUUGAAGGCAUCCAGAUGGAGCAGGUCGGUGAGGACGAAGUACGAGUAACUGGAAUCAAGGGGGUUCCGCCACCGGACACGACGAAGGUCGGCAUUUCUGGUUUCGCUGGCUGGCAGGCUGAGUAUCAUAUCUAUCUGGUCGGUCUUGACAUUGACGAGAAGUGCAAGAUGGCGGAAGACCAGAUCAAGUGGGAGCUCGGCGAGGAGAGACUCAAGAAGUUCUCAUGUCUGAAGUUCAUGCGCAACGGCGAGAGCCCGAUCGAUGCCCGGAACCAGGACAUCGCCACGGUCGACUUCCGAAUCUUCGCGCAGAGCAGGGACAGGGACUUGCUUCGCAUGAGAAAUCCAGAAGGCUUCUUCAGAAUCUCAAUGGUCAACUUCCUCAUGUCAUGUCCUGGCGCCUCUUUGGGCAACGACAUGCGACAAGCAGAAGGAAAGCCGUUCUACGAGUAUUGGCCAGCUCUUCUGCCACAAAGUGAGGUCCAGCACCGUGUGCACAUGCUCUGGAGUGGCGACGUGAUCGACAUGCCCGCCCCGACCAACACCAGCAAGCACAAGCGCCAACAGCCAUCGUACGAAACUGAGGGUGCCGUUGAUCUCUCAAAGUACGGCGAGACCGUUCGAGCACCACUUGGUAAGGUUGUGCUCGGUCGCUCCGGAGACAAAGCAUCUGACUGCAAUGUCGGCUUCUUCGUGCGCCCUUCUCCGGACAACGAGCUCUGGGACUGGCUGCGGUCGACUUUGACUGUGAAAAGGGUGAAGCAGAUGCUAGGUCCUGAAGAAGUGCACAAGUUUCGCAAGCCAGAGUUGAGGGUUGAUCGAUUUGAGAUGCCUGGGAUCCGGGCUGUGCAUUUCUUGCUGCAUGAUCAUCUUGAUCGGGGGUAUGAUAGUUGUUCGACGUACGACACGCUUGGGAAGAACUGUUUGGAGUACUUGAGGGCCAAAACGGUCGAUAUGCCGAAGCAUUUCCUGGAGCAGUAUACCAUUUAG